GAGAAAGAUAUGGUCAUUGGUAUGGGAACGGUGUGGAGCAUCAAGGGCCUGUUGGCGCUAGGGGACAAACAGUUACAGGUUCAAAGGAUAUCCAGAAUAUAAACUUCUCGUAGAAUAAUGACUUUAGACACUCCGGUACAGUAGGUGGCGGCUUACACCGUUCAUGUUGGUUUGUAAGAGAGAGAUAUAUAGAGAGAGCGAGAGAGACAGGGACAGGAUCCAACAUGGCAGGAUACUACUGUAGCAUCUGAGAGGCAAUGACUUUGGUCAAAGUUACAGCUCAGUCUUGAAAACUCAGUUAGAAGUAUACCCAUGUUUCCAAAAACGGCUCAGUGCUUAAAAACGGCAGCCUCGCUGUUAUCUCAAACCGUUUUCUUGAAGGAAUUGAGACUGUUGUCGGCACAUGGAGGAGCUAGCCGCCUGCAGGUCCGGAGACACUUCGGUGUUAGCCGCUCUCUGACAGACAAGGUUUCCCCCACGGGUAAUCCCAGGGAGAGAGUGGAGAUCCCCGGACUGGAGAUGGUUACCUACAGGGAAAGGAUGCACUAUGUGCCAGGGCUUGCUAAACCCGUUUACCCUGAGUGGAAGAGGGACUACAAGGACCCGAGACAUUACAGGUCUCCCCCGGUUUACGACAUGCCGCUGUACAAAGAGAAACCAUGCUAUGUGUACAACCAGAGGACCAGCGCACUGGAAGGUGUGCGUCAGGCUCUGUGGUUGACCAAAACAAAGCUGAUCUCUGGUCUACCCCCUCAGCUCAUCUCAAUGGCCGAGAGUCCUGCCAAUCGGAUACCAGAUCAGGAUGAGCGCGUGCAGAAUGCCAUCAAACAUGCCCGCUUCUGGGACACGACAGAGGAACGACCAGGCAAAGAGAAAUACGGCAACACUCUGCUCAUCAACCUGAUCCAUCUGUGUGCGACUCUACAGUCCAUUCAUCCUGCUAUUGGAAGGAGGAUCCUUGCUGAGAAGUACUCGUUGGCAGCUACAUGGAAAAGAGGUGAGGACCUGUUACAGAUUAGGGGCCAGAACGGUUUGCUGCACAACUGCAUGGAUCCUCUCCCAGAGGUUUCUGGGAAACAGGAAGUUGCUGACACAGCAGAUCAUGUCCUAGAAACCUUCUAUCCCGUCUCCCCCACCAUCGACCUGCAGAAAGUACAUGUGUACAGGGAGGAGGUGAACUGCUCAGGUUUCAGGGGUGACUACCCUUAUCCUCAUGCCCACACACUUUACUUCCUGGAGGGAGCUGAUGAUCGCUGUAAGCUCCGCCCAGAACAGUUCAGAGCCAACAUGCUCAUGUUCGCCUUUGGAAAUGCUCUGGCUCGUGCACACAAACUGUAUGGGACCCAGCCCCUGCGUGUAUUAGAUUGUCCUAUAACAGUACAGGCAGUGGGGACAAACGGUAGAAUUUUCCAGUUAAUGGUUUUCCAGCUCAACACCACCAAUCUCUCAGGAGAUGAUGGCAUCAAGAACCAGGUGUGGCUGGAUGAAGAUGCUGAGCUCUAUGAUUUUGCAAAAAUCCGACCACUGAUCAAGAAGAAACAAGUGAAGGUACCAGCUGGUCUUGCGGGCUACAAGCCUGAAACAUUCAGCAAGUUCUUGGCCCUGUACCUGCAUGGAGCUGUAUAGGACUGCCUACCUCAUAAUGUGUGUGGAUGAACACACUCUGAGCAGGGAGUCACCUGUCACGAAUGUGUGUAUCUGGGAUCUUACUAGAAAACUCCUUCUUUCCUUUGAAACAGUCAGUGACCAGGUCUCCAGUAUAUUAGGAUUUCUGGACAAUAUGAAUUGACUGAAACUGCAGAUUUUCAUGUUCACACACUGGCUCCAACCCAGUGUUAGAAUUCAGUCAAUAAAACGAGUAUAUAUCUGAGUGUA